AUGGUGCGAACGCGAAACAGUUCGGCGGCGGCAGUCGCGGAAGAGGAGUCGCGCGCCCACAGCAGGGAGCAGCUGGAUCAGGCGGAGGCGGCGGCCGCGGCGGCAGCGGUUGCGUCGUUGGCCGCUGGUACCAGCAACUUUGGGGUCGAGGCCGAGUUGACGAGCCUCGCCUGGCUGCAGUCACUCGACAUAAUGAGCGCCUCGGGCCUGCCAACGCCGCCCUGCUCGCCUUCGCCGCCACCCCUGAGGCCUCCCCCGCGGCAACAGCCGAAGAAAGUGCCACCGCUCGUUAAAGCGCAGCUGGAUCUCGCUGAAAACGCGGAACUGUACAUGGUCGACGCGAAUAAAAAGCCUCCCUACUCGUACGCGGUGCUGAUUAGCCUGGCGAUGCGCGCCAACAACAACAGGGUCACCCUGUCCAACAUUUACGCCUGGAUAAGGGAGAAUUUCAAGUUUUACAAGUACGCCGAUCCGGCUUGGCAGAACUCGAUCAGGCACAACCUGUCUCUGAACAAGUGUUUCGUGAAGCUGCCACGGUCAAAGGACGAGCCGGGCAAGGGCGGCUUCUGGAAGCUCGAUCUCGACCGGCUGGAGGACGGCCGGCGCACCCGCCGACGCAGCUCGACGAUCAAACGCUCGCGGGUCCCUUCGAAACGAUCGGCUACCAAAACAGCGGUAGUUGCCGAGGUGUCCAGUGCCGUGGUGAUCGAGACGGAAAUAACGAGGACUGAGGAGGCAGAUCACGUGGCCAAGAUACUCGCGAAUGACGGGACGAACGGGCCCAGGUGUAUCGUUUUGUACGAGACGCCUCCGUCGAGCGUCUCGCCGCCGAUUCCCGAUACUUUGGCCGAGGUGCCGGAGACUAGUCAGGUGAGUAUAGACGAAAACGACAUUACGGACAUCUUGAUCGACACAGCCUGGGACGAAGGUGUGGAGAAUCAACUCGCGCUUCUGGACUCGGUGCUGGACAUGCUUUGA